AUGUGGGCGCGCCGAGGGCACAGCACACACGACGCCGCCGCCGCUCUCUUCGACGAGAUGAGUCAUGCGGCGCGGGCGGGUGGCGGAGCCAGUGCCUUGCCAACGUCCUCGCCGAUAACGGGACCGCGGUCGCAUGGGCAGCACUUGCGCGGCAGUCGCUGCGGGGGCACCGCCGCGGAUGCCUCGUCAUCGCAACCCCCCUGCAGCGCAGGCCUGUCGCCUGCGGCAACGACAACCCCGCCAGUCACGCCGCCCAGCGGCGGCCACACGUCGCCGCCACUAACGCUGCCAACCCCCCUUUCGACGCCGGCCGCGGCGUCCCCGUACUUCUAUGUACAUCGCCUCGGCUCUCGGCGGUCAGCUGUGGGCCAGUACCACGUGAAUGGCCACAGCCGCGGCGGGAGUGAUCCGGCAGCGGCGACACACGCAUGUGGCGUGCCGACGUCAUCCCCGACGUACUUGCCGCCGCCGUCGCGCAGCAGCUUGUUUCCAGGCCUUGUGAGCGCCGCUACCACCGGUGCCCCGAUGGACGCCGAAAGUGGCGCCGGCCGCAACAGUCCGGGCUCCCUGUCGACGUCGUCGCAGUCUUUCACUGCCUCCACUGGACUCGGCGGCGGCGCUGGAAGCGGUGCAGUGGGGGGAUCUCAUCUAACAACGUCACCGACCGCGCGUGCCACGCCUGCCGCUGCUACUACGCCAGUAGCGACGCCCGUGUAUGUGUGGCACAGCUCGAGCUCGAUGGCCGGGGCGGCGCCAUGGCUGCGCUUGCAUCGGCCCGCCAGCGCCGCGGCAGCCUGCGUAGGGGGGCGACGGGGAUCGGCGGCACCAGUGACCGGGACCAACGGAGGGGCUGGCGGCGUGGGGACACCACAGAAUCCAGGCAGCAGCGGUGUCAGCAUGCUGGCGUCGCCGCCGCAUCCCAUUUAUUCGCUGACGCUACUUGAGCACGCGCACCUCGGCACCGUCUUGGUGGCGACCGACGAAGACACCGCCCAGCUGAGCUCCACUUGCAGUCUGAGCGGGAGGGACACUGGUGGUGGUGUGCCAGCCAUGACAAGAGGCCUCUCGCAGCCGCAUCAACCGCAAGUGCCUCACGCCGAUCCUCUCCCCGGCAGCGCUGCUUCGGGCCCGCUGUCUGCGGCCCUACCCCUGACCCUCGUCCCGCCGUUCCGCUUCGCACGCGUGGAGUCUGGUGUGUACCGCGGCGCCUACCCCGUCCUGCGGAACUUUCCAUACAUUCGGCGGCUGCGGCUGCGCACGAUUGUGUCGCUCAUCCCGGAGCCUCCGACGUACGAUAUCAAGUGCUUCGCGGAGGCAGAGCACAUCCAGCUGCACCACAUCCACGCCGAACGCGCCAAGGGCGAGGUGCAGCUGUUGCCGUCGGAGCUGAGCGAGGCGCUGCAGCUCAUCAUGAACAAAGAUAUGCACCCCCUGUACAUCCACUGCCUCGACGGCCGCCACGUCACCGGUCUCGUCAUCAUGGCGCUGCGCAAGCUGCUGCAGUGGGAUGCAAAGGUCGCCAACGCCGAGUUUCAGCGCUUCACCCGCGAGGUACAAGAUGAGGCGGCGUUCAUCGCGGACUACACCGGGCCUCUCCUAGUGCCACCGCACUUGCCGGCGUGGCUCUGGGGCGGGUCCAUCUAUGACGCCGCCACGGGUCAGCAAAAACGUCUGCCGACAACCAUGCGUCUGCGCUUGUCCAUCGCGGUGUCCGGUGGAGCCGGCAGCGCCGCAGCCACAGCGGGCGGUGCGGGCGCAGCACCUGGAGCCGGGCUCGGUCGCGUUUCUGCGUCCGCGAUUGGUGCCGCAUCAUCGGUCACCGGUGCUGGCCUCGUGAAUGGCCCGCUGAGCGCCGCGAGCGCUGCCGUGAGCCACAAACAGAAGGGGGCGAUGCGCGGCCCUGGUGGCGAUCUCCGCCCCCAGGCCGCCGCACCGUGGAUGUGCGUGCCGCAGGCCGAGACGGUGGCCGCAGACGGGCAGCACUACAUCGAUGUUGACCGCCUUCCUGUCGCACUGCCGCUACGCGGCAUUCUACCGGGCGCCGCGGCGCCGCAGUGGAUUUCAUCGGCGGAGCCGUCACCCACCGCGAGCACCGGCACACUGAAUGUGCAGCUCCAUCUCACCCGGAGCAGCGCGCACUCCUCCCGCUCCCCCAGUGAGAAGAGCAACAUGGCCGGGCUCCCGGCAGCGGUCUCGGCAGCGGCGGCGGCGGCAAGCUCGACCGGCGGUGUUGGAGGCGGUAGCCGCUGGCAGAGCGCAACAUCUUGGGACGCGCUGCAGCAGCAUCAGCGGCGGUUGGCCUCCUCCCUUAUCCACAGCGACACCGCUCCCAGCAAGGGUCCUGGCGCCAGUGGGCUGCUGGAUGGUCGUGUGAGCGCGCUCCUCUGGACGUCGGGGCUGAUAGCGCCGUCAGCAACUGGCGGCGGCAGCAGCGGUAUCCCUGGGAGUGGCCGCGUGAGUGGUGGCUCAGCCGGUGGCAGUGGUGGAGGCGGUGGCGCUGCCGGUGGAAGCGCGAGCGGGGGCGGUGCGGCGGUGGUUGGGGUCAAUGGGCCACCGACUGCCUCGCUGCCGCCCUCCACGCGGACGGCGAAGCGCAGCUACUCUCGCUGA